UUUUUCUGUUUGGGAUCUAAGCCUCGGACGGUCAUAUUGUUCUGUGUACAAGAGUUAUUGUUGAUUUUUUGCGUGAAAAUCUGUUGGCUUCCCCUUGAAAACACCUCUUUGUAUUGUGUAAUUGGGGUGAAGCCUGCGACUUCCGAGAAGUGGCUACAACCUGAAUUCAGAGAGGAAGGCUUCGUGCAUGGAAUACGAGAAGCUGGCUCUGAACGUUGGAACUCGAAGCGCAGCCGGCGGCGGAAGUGCCAGUGGUAGCGCCACCGAUCACGAAAUAGCUAUGUGCGGCGGGCAGGAGCUGCUGGAGGGCAGGGCGAAGGAGAAGGCUCGUCGAUACUGGACGCCCAGCGAGGAGGAGCGCCUCUACGAGAUCUGGGGACGCGACAACUGGAGACUGACGCGCACUGGCAAGAACACGAUCUUCUUCGGCAAGUGGGCUGAGGAGUUGCACGAGCGGUAUGCCGUAGACGUAAAGCCGGAGGAAAUACAAAUGAAGGUAAACCAGACCAGGGCCAAAUUCAGGCAAGUGAAGAAACAGCUUCAGGUGGACCCCUCCAGCUACGCCACACGCUGGAAGAAGUACGAUAUCAUAAACAGAAUCCUAAAGAACCUGCACAGACCUAAGAACGCAGAGCCGCUGCCUCCAGAGGCCCUCCUCAACAAUCGAGACAUGACUCCUCCCCGGGACGACGUUCCCUCUGAGCAGAUCCAACAACUGGUCCAGCAGCCUCAGCAAGGACAUACACUUGCGGAGUCACCUGCAGUCGCUUGUUACAACAAUAACAGCAACAGCAACAAUGGCAGCAGCCACAACAACAAUAGCAGUGGGAUGAACUUCAGCACGGAGCUAUUUACGGAUCAGUAUGAUAUGGCUGUAAAGAAUGAGUACGAGGACGACGAUUAUGUCUCUAUGCCUUUCCAAGAGCAACAGUAUUCGCCAGCUGAGCCUGCGCAGCUGCUUGAGCUCCAGACACCACAGCAGCAACAACAGCAGCAGCAGCAACAACAGCAGCAGCAGCAACAACGACAGCAGCAGCAACAUCAGCAGUUGCAACAACACCAGCAGCAACAGCAACCGCAAUUUCAACCCAGCUAUGAGUCGCAGUUCCAGCCACAAUCUACUCACUACGUCAACAAUAGCUCUCAAAACGCAGUCACUAGCUCGACCAUCAACCAGCAGCCGAUCACGGCUGUGGCCUACAUCAAUAGUAGCAAUAACACAAUCAGCGUUGCCACCAACGCCAACGGCACAGUGAGCGUGCCACCUGCUACAUCCCCUGCCACCAAUGCUAAUCCCACGACUGCUGUGGCCGCCGCCGUCCCUGUGCCAGUGCCACGAAAGCGCGGUCGUCCCUGUGGAUCGGUUAAUCUCCCGCCCUCCGACUCGCUAGAGGUCGUCUACUUGGAGGAGGUUCGGAGGAAGAAUCAGCUGCUCUCCGAGCAGACAAAGAUUUCGCGUCAACGCCUACAGCUUGAGGAACGAAAGGUCGAACUAAUGCAGGCAUUCUUUCCCAAGUGUCUCGAGCAGCAGACACAGAUCUUAAAUAGGAUUAUGCAGUUGAAUCAGCCAUAAAAGACCCAUCAGACUUGCCAUCUGUUUCGCGGUAAUUGUGAACACUUUUCAGAUUUUUUAAACCUCAUUUCUGGACAGGAACGCAAACACUUUACACUAAAUACUGGAAUUCAGUAGCACUCUGCAUGUCUGUCCCAUGUUUUAACCCAUACACUUAACAAAGCACAUACCACGCUGUUUAUAAGAUUAAGAAUAAACCUAAUUCGUAAAUAAAUAUAAGAUUUUCUAUCGUAAAUUAAA